CACUGGUGCUCUUUCACAAAUCGUCGUUGAAACUUGAAAGCCUUGUUAUCACCUCACCCAUGGAUCUGUCAGAAACAAUUGCAAAAUGUAAGAACUUCACCACUACCUCAGUCAGGAUAGCUGACGUCACCUUUUUCCUCUGGAAAAAUCAUGUCCCAGAACUAAAUUUCCUUGUAUUUCUCCUCCACUGCAUUUCGCCAACCAUCAGGUCUGGAUCCCUCCCCAGCACCGCACGGCAUUUUGCUUUCCGAGGUCAGGGAUCAGAAGCCUCCCAUUCCGUGCGCAAAACCAGACUUUGCUCGUAGCUGGAUCAUUCUUCACCGACGGUGAAAGGAGGGCUGUGGUGGUGGGGAAAAACAGAUUGUACAGAGUGAAGCGGCCUGGAUGAGAUCAACAUUGAGAGAGAGAGGAAAAAGAAAUAUCUCACAGAUUGCCAAAUACCACAGCAGGCCCUGCUCCCAUGCCUUUGAACAGCAGCCACGGACUUGUGGACAUAAACCGGCCACUACGAUUCUGAUCCUCGUGGCCUUUAAAGCCUCAGCUGUUGGAGUCCAGGUGUCCGGCUCGAAGCGCAGGAGCAGGCCAGCUUGGGGAGGCUGGGUCAGUUGGCAACCCUCCGGCACUCAUAGGGAAAUGGCAGAUACUCUCUCCCGGCUCCCUCUUAAGUAAGACACCUCCGACCCUGAUCCGCCUUUCGCCGGAGGCCCGGUAACCGGCUCUUCUUUUCGCCCUGAGCUCAUUAGCCGUUCUCAGGGAGUUUUCCAUGAGCUCAGAGGGCGAUUAUAAUAUCCCCGGAGUAGAUGGCUGAUCAGGCCGCCCGGUGUCCUGGGGUAACCUCACGGACCCGGGUUCGGGCAGCCGCUCCUUCCCUUCGGACCCAUUCUGUCCUCUUUGCUGAGCCAACGGGACAGGUUGUCUCCACCCGUGGACGUGGGGCCUUUUUCGGUGUCUCACUGAGGACGAGCAGCGUGGGAAUGUGAAGGCAAGCCUUCCUCCGGAACCCAAGACCUGCAGGAAAAGUUGGGAAGCAUCGGUCGGCUUAGCGCUGAGCCUGGCCUCGCAGAUGCGGUCAUGACAGAAAGAAUGGGGGGCUGCGAGGGUCCAGAGGGUUCUGCCGAAGCCUACACUUCCUGCCCGAUGCCAACAGAAGAGGGUCUGGAUCCAUCCACAAGCGACGAGGGAGGUCUGAAUGCUGACCACGAGAUGCAAUGGCUCUCGGCCCGGGAGAACCUCCCCCUGCAAGCGCCUUCUCUAGACAGCCAGCUCUUCCUCAGCCCGCCACAGGGCCUGGGGGCAGAUCUUUUAGGGGACCCUCCCUCUGAGCCCGGUGAGGAGCUGUCCGGCGAACCCUGCGAGGAGAUGUGCAUCAGAGAAGCUCCCGAGGUCUCGUGCCGAGGGCGACGCCAUGGCCUGCCGCCGUGCGGGCCGCUGUGCCCGGGAGCCACCGAGCAGAGCCUCUACGAGGAGGACCACUACGGCCAGCCGUGGGCCGGGAAGGAUCGCCUGCCUUCCAUCGUGGUGGAGCCCAGCGAGGGCGAGGUGGAAAGCGGGGAGCUGCGGUGGCCCCCAGAGACCUUUUCGUUGCUGGAAGAGGAGGGCGAGGAUCCCGACGAGCUCUUUGCCGAAGGCGAGGAGGCUCUGGAAACCGGUGAGUCGGGGGCGGGAACGAAGGGGGAGACCCUCUUCGGCAUCCCUUCCCAAGCCGUUUGGGAUCCCUGGGAACCCCUUCCGGGGGCCCUAGGAAAUCUACUUGGGUUCUUAGGAAACUCUUCUCAGAAUUAGUUCCCGUGGCACCCGCCCCAUGGAAAUCUACGCAUCGGGGCCAUGUCAAGAGGUGUGUUUUUGCCACAGGGCCAAGAUUAUGGGGGUGGAUGGGUGGAGUACCUGCUAGUCGUUGCAACCGUUGGCUCUCUUUGCCCGGACUGCUUUCCGGCUGAUGGCUUUGGUGGUUCGCUUCGGCCCCCUUUCCUCUUUGGUCAACUCGAUAAACUUCGUUUUCUUGGGUUUUGUCAAAAAUGCUUCAAAACCCAUGAACCACCUCGGCAGCCCUGCUCAGAAAAGCGUUUAGCAGCUUUUUUUUUUAUCCUUCCUUAUGCGUGGGUUUUAAAGUGAUGCAUUUCCAAGUCACCCAGAGCUGAUCGCCAGGCAGAACCGUUCCGACACGCUCCGCGAGACCCCUUUCCAAAUUAGGCUCUGGACGCUCUCCUCUAACUUUUUUGUAUUUUCAGGUCUGUCCUCUUUUGACAGCGAUGUGGAAGAGGUGCUGCUCUGAGCUUGCUUGAGGUUUGGACUUGUUUCUUGCGGGGGGGGUGGAAGGUGGGCAGGCCAGACCACAACCCGAAAACAGAAAAGCCCUCCAGAGCCUCAGAACGAAAGCUAACAACGGAGGCCAUAAGCUGCAUCUUCGCUUCCAUCAAUGGCAUCCGGAGGUUAUCAGAAGUAGAACUGUUGCUUUAGUCAACAGAGGGUGGGCCAUCUUUCGAGGCGUAGGACUCCAGGUGUCCUAAUUCCAUGCUGUUUGUGGCUCAUGGGAGUUGUUAUCCAAAACAGCUGGAGAGCCACUUCGAACCCCUUCCUGCCUGCCUGCCUAUUGCAACCAAAAAGGAAUGUAAAUAGACGUUAAUUCGGAAGCCGUGACUCGCUGUUGCUGCUAAUUUCAGGAGCUCAUCAUCAUCCUCCCCCCCCUCCCGAUGUUCUUCCUAUCGAAAUUCUGAUUCUAAGGUCCUUGAGGCAGGAGACACACUGAAAAAAACAAUCAAACAAAAAAAACACACAACCUCUUCUGGAUUAAGCGCUACAAACAUCAGGGACGUGGUGUAAAACAGGAGGCAGGAACUGUUCACCCUCCAGCUGGUUUUCCGACUCCAGCUCCCACCAUCCACAACCAGGAAGAGGAUGAUGGGGGUUUGAGUCCAUCAACAGCAGGAAGGCCGCAUUGGGGUCGCCCUGGAUUUAAAACUGCCUGAAAGUCUUUCUGCAUCCUGAGUGGGAUAAGACCCUUUGCCAGCUGCUCCAGGCACUAUCUUUCCAUGGAAAGGCAAGAAAAUAAAUAAAAUAAAUAAAUAUUGGGUG